AAAUGAGUUUGACGCCCCUGCAUAACGCUUUUUUAAAACUUUCCACGAGGCCUCAUUAAACAUCCACAACGUAUAAUUUUUCAGUCGGACAAGUUUACUCUCCAUCCAUCAAGGCUACUUAAAGUGAAUGAAGGUAAAUCCUCAGCCUACAGAACUAAUCGAGCAUAUUUGAGCCAAUCACAGGGCGAGCUGAACUGUUUCAGCCAAUAGGAGAGCAGUGUGAGUGAGCACUCCGCUGGAAGACGACGACCAUGGAACGGAGUAGAAUUCUCCUCGUCCUAACAAACUUUUAAGGGUUGGAUAAGAUCAAAACGGAGUGAGGUGGGGAAGCUCCUGCUCUGAGCAGCAAUGGGGGAGAUUGAGGGUUCAUACCGGGUCCUGCAGACUCCAGGCACAAGGCUGGGAGCCCAGUUCAACGCUGGUAUCAGCACUUUGGAGCCUGGCCAGACCCUCAGUGGCAAUAUGGGCAAAGGCCAUGGGCGAGGACUACAAAUCCGCGUGCAGGGGUUGGAUGACUCCCUGGAGUUCUUUGAUGUAGAUUCCAAAGCUCUUGGACAGGCCCUCCUCUCUGAGGUUUUCCUGCGAGGCAACCUCAUAGAGAGUGAUUACUUUGGCCUCGAGUUUCAGAACAUGCAGAUGAACUGGGUUUGGCUGGAACCCACAAAAUUGAUUGUGAAACAAGUCAGAAGACCAACCAAUACGCUGUUUAGGCUGUCAGUGAAAUUCUUCCCUCCAGACCCGGGUCAGCUGCAGGAGGAGUACACCAGGUACUUGUUCUCACUGCAGAUGAAAAGAGAUUUGAUGGAGGGCAGGAUGAUCUGCACGGAAAACACCGGAGCCCUGCUGGCCUCUCAUUUUGUCCAGUCGGAGAUUGGUGACAAUGACGACGCAGCGGACAGAGAGUUCCUGAAGGUGAACAAACUAUUGCCUUACCAAGAAAGGGUGCAAGAGAGGAUCAUGGAGCUCCACCGCAGACACCUGGGCCAGACUCCAGCUGAAUCAGAUUUCCAAAUCCUGGAGAUUGCCCGCAAACUGGAGAUGUAUGGUGUCCGCUUCCAUCCCGCAGCAGACAGGGAGGGCACCAAAAUCAAUCUGGCAGUUUCCCACAUGGGCCUUCAGGUUUUUCAGGGCAACACAAAGAUAAAUACCUUCAACUGGUCCAAGAUUCGCAAACUGAGCUUCAAGAGAAAACGGUUCCUCAUCAAGCUCCACCCAGAGGUUCAUGGCCCCCAUCAGGACACUCUGGAGUUUAUGAUGGGCAGUCGAGACCAGUGCAAAAUCUUUUGGAAGAUCUGUGUGGAAUACCACUCAUUCUUUCGCUUGUUUGACCAACCCCUACCCAAAUCCAAAACCAUCCUCUUCACUCGAGGCUCCUCCUUCAGAUACAGUGGAAGAACACAGAAACAACUUGUGGAGUAUGUCAGGGAAAAUGGAGCAAAGAGAACACCUUACCAGAGGAGGAACAGUAAAAUAGGGAUGUCAGUUCGCUCCCUCGCCACAGACGUGCCAAAACAGAGUUUGUCAUUCAAUGACAGUCUCAGGGCCCCAGGCUCUCCCUCCUCCGCUUCUGUCUCCUUCUACCCGACACACAUCUCAAGCUUCCCCCAAAGAACAGAACUACAUCAUCAGCCCCAGCCUUUGCCGUCACUGAGCCAGUCUUCAGCAUCUCCUCAGCAGACUCUGAACAUGAACCUGCAGCACCAGCAGCAGCCCCAGCAGCAGCAGCUUCAUUCCCCUCUGCAAGCCACCAGACCCCCCAGCCCUCCGAAGGAAGAACCCGUCAAGGCUGCUUCCCCGUCUCACUUCACUUUUCAAGACUCCGUCGACAGCCCUCAGCUCUCGCCGCUCAACUCCAAAGGUCCCCUCUGCCUGUCGCCCUCCUUCCAGAUGUCGACCCUCAGCCUGCCGGGUCAUGCCCCGUCACCCCUGCAAAGCCCCAUCCUGAGUGAGGUGGGCAGCAAUGCCAGGCUAGAGGAGGAGGAGGAGGGCAGGAGGAAGAGAUAUCCCACCGAUAAGGCCUACUUCAUUGCCAAAGAGAUUCUGACCACAGAGCGCACAUACCUGAAAGACCUCGAGGUCAUCACAGUGUGGUUCCGCAGCGCUGUGAUCAAAGAAAACGCCAUGCCUGAAGGCCUGAUGACCCUCCUCUUCUCCAACAUCGACCCCAUCUAUGAGUUCCACCGAGGCUUCCUGAAGGAGUUGGACCAGAGGCUGGCUCUCUGGGAGGGACGCUCCAACGCUCAUGUCAAAGGGGACUACCAGAGGAUCGGAGACGUGAUGCUGAGGAACAUGUGUGCUCUUAAGGAAUUCACCAGCUACCUCCAGAAACACGACGAGGUGUUAACAGAGCUGGAGAAAGCCUCCAAGAGGCUGAAGAAGCUGGAGACGGUCUACAAAGAGUUUGAGCUGCAGAAAGUCUGCUACCUGCCCCUCAACACAUUCCUGCUCAAGCCCAUCCAGCGCCUCAUGCACUACAAGCUCAUCCUGGAGAGACUGUGCAAGCAUUACUCUCCCUCCCACCGGGAUCACGAUGACUGCAAGGAGGCUCUGAAGGAAGUUGCUGAGAUCGCCACUCAGCUCCAGAGCAGUCUGAUCCGGUUGGAGAAUUUCCAGAAGCUGACGGAGCUGCAGAGAGACCUGAUUGGUAUCGAGAACCUGACGGGCCCGGGCAGGGAGUUCAUAAGAGAGGGAUGUCUGUACAAGCUCACCAAGAAAGGACUGCAGCAACGGAUGUUUUUCUUGUUCUCAGACAUGCUCCUCUACACAAGCAAAGGUGUCACCGCAACCAAUCAGUUCAAAGUGCACGGCCAGCUGCCCCUUCACGGCAUGAUUGUUGAGGAAAGUGAAAAUGAGUGGUCAGUCCCUCACUGCUUCACCAUCUACUCUGCUCAGAGGACCAUUGUUGUGGCUGCCAGCUCUAAGGUGGAGAUGGGGAAGUGGAUCGAUGAUCUGAACUUAGCCAUUGAAAUGUCCAAGAAGUCACAAGAGAAAUCCAGCAUCUUCCUGGACUCUGGGCUGGGAGAUCACUCCAACAGAUCAUCUGAUGAGGUGUCUCUGGAGCAGGAGUCGGAGGAUGACAUGAACUCCUCCCGCACUUCACUGGACAAGCAGACACACCACCGCGCCAACACCACCAUGCAUGUGUGCUGGCACCGCAACACCAGCGUGUCUAUGUCUGAUCACAGCCAGGCUGUGGAGAACCAGCUCUCAGGUUACCUCCUGAGAAAGUUCAAGAACAGUAACGGCUGGCAGAAGCUCUGGGUCGUUUUCACCAACUUCUGCUUGUUCUUCUACAAAACGCAUCAGGACGACUUCCCGCUGGCGAGCCUCCCCCUGCUCGGCUACACAGUCAGCACCCCUGAAGAGUCGGACAGCAUCCACAAGGAGUACGUCUUCAAACUGCAGUUCAAGUCCCAUGUUUACUUUUUCAGGGCUGAAAGCGAGUACACCUUUGAAAGAUGGAUGGAGGUGAUCAAGAGUGCAGCCAGCACGGCGGGCCGAAUGAGCCUGCUCAUACCUAAAGGAGGUCCCAUGGAGAUAAACGGAAACUGAAUCAAGCACCCUGCUCCUGGUGGCUGGGCCUCCGGGACGACAGAGCUGCUUCAGUCUCAUUCUCAGUGUCAUUUUGAAAUGAUGAUUGGUACCAUGACUGACUGGAGACUGAUGCUGCCAGUUUAAGUGUUAACAGUGCUCAGUUUAAGGAUUUAACCGUAAUGGUUGUCGGUAAAUGCUGUAUAUGAUAACACAUGUUCCUGUGUGCAGGAUGUAAUGAAAGGGAGACGUGUAUAUUUUGAUCAGUUUUGCAUGUGUAGCGCUCAUUAUAUAUAGACCGGUGGGAAAUACUGUCAAAUGGGACCAACUCAAGCACAAGAUUUAAAAUUCAGGCGUUUGAAGGACUUUAAUCUUCAGCUGAUGAUGACUGAAGCUUUGUUGGGUGCAGCACUGUGCUUUGACUGAUGAUUUACAGCAUGUUGAAAAUGAAGGUAAAGGAUAGAGUGUACUUUGAGAGCGAGUUAGAGAUGAAUGUGAGAUGGAGGCGGGCAGAAGGAUCAUGGAAAGUUGAAACAUGUUUACGAGUAAAUUUUAGAGCAGCAUGGCGAGUUUUGAGCAAUUCAUGAAGUGAGUGUUUUUGACGUUCAAAGGAUGUUUCAAAUGUACAAAAGGGAGCUGUGCUGCUUGGAUCUCCCAGAUUACGGCCAGUUUGGUGCUACAUUUCUGUCUUUAAUAUCACAUGUAACCAAAUGUAUCCUGUUUUUAUUUUUGCAUAGGGAUACCAGCUUGAAGACAUACUGUGUAGUGUUUGCUAUGUGUACAAAGUUUAUUUUUUUCCCCUCUAAAGACAAAGCAGGAGUUCUUUUGAUGUUUUGGUUCUUGAUGUGUGUCGAGCUGUUUGAGAUAAAUGGGAGCUGACUGAUUUGAGACACCAGUGACGCUUGUUGUCAGUUAUUUAGUGCGCUACGUGCAUCCAUGGCAUUAUCUGGUAUAUGUUUGUAAUAAGACUGGAAUCUUUACCCUCAGUGUGUGAGUGUUUCUGUGCGUGUGUGUGUGUGUGUGUGUGUGUGGAGAAGCCCCUGGAGCUGUAACAUCGAAGUGAUGAUGGAGGUCGUCUCCAAACCACCUGAUUGUGUGUGUUUUGUAAGAGAGUGACUGUUGCACGGUUAACCUACAGUAAGUUACUCCUAUUUAUUGUCCAGCAUGUCGUCAUGCUCCUGAAUGCCCUCAUGUAGUCCUUGUGUUAUUCCACCAAAACCCUAACAAAUAAAAGUUUCUCUCAAUCACA